AUGGGUUGCCUUGGAGGCGACGAGAUGAGAGUUGUGAUGAGGCCGUUGCUGCACCUCCUAGUAGGGAUGGUGCUGUACGGGGUCGCCGAGGAGAUGAUCGUGCCUGCACUCGUCGACAAGGUCACCACCGCGCUCUGCCCCCUCAGUGCUACCAGCUCUGCCUCCACGCCCUGCUCUGAGGCUUUCUACCUCACCGGCCUUCAGUCCUCGGUUGGGGGCAUUUUCAGGACUAUAGGGCUCACUCUGAUGGGUCAGCUAGCUGAUGAAUAUGGCCGCAAGCCUAUCCUCCUCCUCUCUGCCUCCACCUCCAUAAUACCAUUUGCUCUGCUUGCAUGGAAAAAUUCAAGGGCUACUGUACAUGUCUACCUUGUUAUGCGUACUUUUUCAUACAUGAUCGGCCAAGGAACCAUAAUAUACCUUGCAGUUACAUACACGGCGGAUGUGGUUGAACCAUCAAAGAGGGCGGCUGCCUUUGGUAUCCUGACAGGAAUUUUCUCUGCUUCGCACGCUUUAGGAAACAUCUGUUCAAUGUUUCUUCCUGAGAGUUGGAUUUUUCAGGUAUCAGUUGUUUUGUCAGUAUUAUCUGUGCUCUACAUGAAACUGUACCUGGUGGAGACAGUCCAAAGAGCUCCCUCGGUGCCUUGUCAGCGUUUGACUUUGUCAUCUUUGGUUGUUAGUUUACCCCAGCAACGCUGGAACUGUAUGAAGGAGAACAUUAGCAUAAUCAAAAACAGUGAAACACUUAGGAGAAUCACAUUCAUUUCCUUCUUCUAUGAAUUGGGAAUGAUGGGCAUCAGUGAUGUCCUUCUGUACUACCUCAAGUCAGUAUUUGGCUUUGACAAGGAUCAGUUCUCAGAAAUUCUAAUGGUGGUAGAUAUUGGUUCGAUCUUUUCCCAGAUUUUGGUCCUCCCUCUUCUUAGCCGUGUAAUUGGUGGAAAAGGAGUAUUAUGCAUUUCAAUACUCACAUCAAUUGCCUAUGCUUUUCUUUAUGGUGUUGCAUGGGCUUGGUGGGUGCCUUAUAUUUGCUCUUCGCUGGGUGUCAUCUGUGUUCUGGCCAAACCAGCUACCUAUGCAAUAAUUUCUGGGGAAGUACUUUCAACUGAUCAGGGAAAGGCACAAGGGUUCGUCGGAACCAUGCAGUCGAUGGCUACAUUGCUGGCACCUCUAUACAUGAGCCCACUGACCUCUUACUUCAUUUCACCCGAAGCCCCCUUCAACUGCAGAGGAUUCAGUUUCCUUAUGGCUGGUUUCUUCUUGGCAAUCUCCUUAUGCUUCGCUUGGACGCUUAUUCCAGAAAGAAAGGACAAAUGCUCCGAAGUUGCUGUUUCAGGCCAGCCUGAUGAGGAGGCAGAGCAAGCACCUCUUCUGGCUAAUCGUAUUGCUAUUAACACCAUCUGCUAA